AUGGCCAGCUACAAGUUCAGCCCAAACAUGAGCUGCAACGAUGGAACAAACAUUACAAACAACGAUGAGGUGAGGAUCGUGAUGGUGGGGAAGACUGGGAUUGGGAAGAGCGCUACUGGAAACACCAUCCUGGGAGAAAAGAAAUUUGAUUCCAAAUGUAGCGCCCAAUCCCUGACCAUUGUCUGCGCCAAAUGCUCCAGUAAUGUGGAUGGACAGCAAGUUGCUGUCAUUGACACUCCAGGUGUGAUGGACACCAGAUUUGGAGAAGAUAAAACAAGCAAAGAUUUGGGUCAGUGCAUCCGCUUUGCUUCUCCUGGACCCCACAUCUUCCUGGUGGUCGUUGCAAUCGGCAGAUUCACAGCAGAAGAAAAGCGAUCAGUGCAUAAGAUUCAAGAAAUCUUUGGAGAGGCAGCAGACAGAUACAGCAUGGUUCUCUUUACCAAUGGAGACAAGCUUGAAGACACCACCAUUGAAGAGUAUUUGUCUGAAAGCCCAGAGCUGCAGGAUCUGGUGUCCAGAUGUAACAACCAGUAUCAUGUUUUCAACAAUAGACUGAAAGAUAAGAAACCUCAAGUCACUGAGCUGCUGAAGAAGAUCAGAACCAUUGUUAAAAAGAAUGGAGGAAGUCACUACACCAAUGAGAUACCAAAGGCAGAUAACAAGACCUAG